AUGAAGGAGCAGCCCAGCCGUAAGGCUGGCACGCUAAUAGACAAAAACGUGUUUGGAUUUUUCAAGCAUUUUAUCAACGAAGAUGAUAAAGUGCGAGUCCAGGGUGCCUGCAGUCUGAUCGAAUUUCUAUGCAAAGAUUCGCAUCGCAAACCUAACGUCACCAAUGGUGCAGAUGAGAAACCCAAUCCGAAAACUGCCGAAACGGCGUAUGCUCUUAAACGUCUAGUUCGUGGUGUGGGGUCGUCACAAAAUGCGUCUCGAAUAGGUUUUUUUACUGGGCUUGUCGGUCUGUUGGGGCAGCUAAAGAACAAGAAAGACUGUCCCACUGUUACGGACCUGCUGACACUCGUAGGAUCAGAGCUAAAUGAUUCAGAAUGUGGAAUCGGUAGGACAAAAGCUAAAAAAAAUAAUGCUCGCUUUGAGCUGCGCGCCGGCAACGUUCUGGUUUGUGGAGCGAUAAUCAAAUCUGGCCUGAUCGAAAAUGCAUCUGAGAUGGAGUUGCAAAAGGUUCUCGAUGCGCUGAAAAACGACAUGUACAAAUCACUUAAACCACUAGCGUACACGUUUUUGAGUGAUCUCGCGUCACGGCUCGACUCGUCCAAGUUCUCCAAAGUGUUCUGGCCGGUGUUUGAACCGUUUCUGAAUGUUUCGAAGGAAAUGCACUCGCUAGAUUCUCUGUUCUUCUUGUUGCAGCUUUCUACUGGCACCCACAAGAAGCUGGUAAAUCAUAAGUACUUUGAACGGAAUUUCGGCGUUUCCAAAUUGCUCCACGAAGGCAACUUUCCGUAUCUGUCGAGUUUACUGUUCGGCAUCGAUUCCGCAAUGGCGAUUAAUCAUCCUUUUCUCAAUUGUUUGCUCGAGUUUCUGAACAAAGAAGACAUGAUGGUAGUAUUUUGGCGAGAUGCAAUUGUCCCCGUGUUGGAAAAGGAGGGGGAACACAGACCAAAAUUUACCGACACCAUCGCGCUACGGCUGAUGAUCUCAAUUCUUGGUCAACUAAAGAACCUGGCGGACGUACCGGAAGUGCUGCAACCAGCAGUAAUGAAAUUUUUCUUGUCCAAGCUGAAAAACCGAACUAAGUACAGUGAAGACUCACAGAACCUGUACCAAGAAGUAUGCGUAGCCUUAGCCGAAUGUUAUCCGAAGAUGGAGGACGAGAAUGUCCGACUGGCUACGAUUCGCCGACUGAUGCAAGCACCUAGUAGCGUGUUGAUCGAUAAAUACGCUCCAUGCAAAUUGCUGCUCAACCUGAUCGUAACAUUGUCAGCUGAAAGCCUUCGUGAAUUAGGCGACGAAUUGAAGUUACUAAUAUUGGACGAAUCAACUGGCACGAACGCGGAGCGUACGUACGCGGCACAAAUUCUGCAACGGAUACUAUCUCUUCGUCAAUUGACGGCAGAAGCGAACGGUAAAGGGCAGAUUGAUAGAUGGCAUCUACAAAUGGUGCAAUUUUUGCUCAAUCUCGGUGUGUUCUAUUCUGCGGAUGGAGUGAGUGUGUUGAAAUCCUCCAAACAGGAGAAGGCCAUAUCAGAAGAACUGGCAGGAACGCUACGCGGUUUGUUCAUCUCAACUUUAGAACAUCGCCAUGCAAAGCUGUCCAACGAACAGGAGUUUUUGCUGUCGAUCGUGCGCCACGUAGACGAAACGAUGCGAAUGCAUGGAGGCGUGAAGUCGCUACGGAAUUCUCUCACCGAAGAGCAGAUUGCCUGCUGGCAUAAAAUGUUUGCCACAGUUUCCGGUGGGACCGGUAAGAAACAAUUCAAGAAACGAUCACUCACGGGCAAAGGUGCAGAACGAGACACAAAGCAAAGCAACAUCGUGUUUCACAUCUUGUUGAUGCAGAUGGGUUUGCAUCUAUUUAUCGAUCCCGAGCUGGCCUGCAGCUCGUUAAUAGAGCUAGAAUGCGUCAUGAAGAAGAUUGAAGAAAAAGCAAAGCAUCGUCAAAAAAGCAAUGGAGUACCGAGCAGCAUCAAGUAUGUUCAUAAAAAACAACAAAAAGAUGAAUAUCUGCUCGACGAGGAGGAAAGCGAACCAGAGUGGAUUGAGGUUGUGGUGGAUUUAUUCCUGAAUCUUUUGUCGCAAAAUUCGCAUCUGUUGCGAAAGGUGAUCGGGCACGUGUUUCCGCAUCUGUCGAGCGAGAUUACCUUGCCGGCGUUGAAUCAAAUUUUGUCGGUGAUUAACCUGAAGGACAAAUCAAAUCCGCUGGCGGUGCAAGGUGAAGAAGAAAAUGAAAGCGAAAUAGAAGAAGAAGAUAAGGAUAGCGACGAGGAAAUAAUGGAAAACGACAGUGUCGAAGACGUACUAGAUGAAGAAACAAACGAUAACGACAACGAAGAGGAAGAAGACGAGGACGACGAAAUCAUGGGCGACGAGGAGGAGGAAGAGAAUAUCACCGAUAACAUGCGACUGGCCGUACAGACAGCCCUGGGAGGUGCUAAUCCAGAAACAGACACUGAAUCAAUCGAUCUGGAUGAAAUGGAUGAAGAACAGGGACGUCAGUUGGAUGAGGCACUGGCGGCAGCCUUCCGAGCAUUUCGGAAGAAGUCUUCGCAUAAGCGAAAAGGACCUACUAAGGCCGAACAACAGAUGGAUGUGGUUCUAACUCACUUCCGGAUGCGCGUUCUGGAUCUGAUUGAUGCGUACCUAAAGCACGAACCGGACAUGAUACUUUGUCUCGAGCUGAUGCAGUACAUCUUUGAAAUGCUUCCGGUGGCGAUACGCGAGGAGGCAAAGUACGGUGUCAUUCUGAACCGGUACAAGCAGAUUUUCAACAAUCUUGUCCGAAUCAAGAAGUUCAAGAGCGACACCCAGUCUGUCCAGAUGGAGCAGCUCAGCAAGAUAUUACGCGAUCUAAUCGAAAAGGUCGCAAAAGGUGCUGCGUUCCCGGAGCGUAACCUGUACCUGAUGAAGGCGUGUCAGUUCAUAGUCAUUUGCAGCCAGAUGCUAAACAAACAACAAGCGAACGUAGAAGAGUCCAAUGUUGUGGAGAACACCUUUAAUGAACUACUGGGCGAAUUUCUAAUCAAUCGUAAUCCACCAAUUACGUUAUCCGUGUUUCAAAAUAUCUUCCGGAUGCAUUGGAACGGGAACUGGUGUCUAUUGGUCACAUUGGUGAAAGCUGGUUUAAAGGUAGCCUCAGUACGUGCUAUUCGUCGAAUUCAGACGCUCCAACUAAUGCGCGAGCUGCUGCGGAAUCGAAGACUUAUAAAUUCCGACCAGCCAAGGUCUGCCCGUUUAAUGCGUGAAAUUUGUGCCAACUCUCUUACACCAUACAUUACGGACUUGGAAGCGGCCAUCAUUGCGGGAGACCGUACGAUCGGGCAGAAUGAGGUAUAUGAAUUGAUGGAAGUAUUGGUAGAAAUUUAUGGCUUAUCCUCCGUAUUGUGUAAAUCGGAGAACGAGGAUAAGAAGAAAGGUAAAAAGCAACCACAGCAGUUUCUUCGCUGGGAAAAGAUUGGCUUACAAGUACAGGCAAUGCGCCGAUUUGUAUUAACUUCACAAACAAUGACCUGUUAUCGUAAGCUCUGUCAACGGUUGAAUUUAGAACCUAUUGGCAAUGAAGGACUUCCGGUGGUUGAAAAAAAUGUAUCUACUACAAAUGUAGAAUCAGCAGACAGAGCCAAGAAUGGCGAUAGCAAGAAGGUCAAAUCAAAGAAUCAGAAAAAAAUCAAUGGAACAGUCGAUUUGGAAGAGGAUGUCGGAAACAACGAUGAAACAGUGGUCACGAUGAUAAAUGGGCAUGGCAAUAGUGCUUCUGCUGACGAAGAUUAUAAUGAUGAUGAAGAGCUCAUGGAAGAUGGUAAAGCACAGAAUCAAGAACACGGUACACCCAACGGCGUUAAUCGGAAGCGCAAGAAAGAGAAGAAAAAUGGAGAAGUAAAAGGAUUAUCUAAGAGAGACAAGCGCCGUCGAAAAGAAGUACUACUACAAGCGGCUUCGGUGGGUAUGGAAGAAAUUUCGUUUGUUAAUAUUGAUAGGGAGGCAUGAAGAGCUGUACACGUACGAGAGAAAUUAAGAUAAGCGAACUU